AUGGACGACUGCAGUCAAUCUUCAACAAACAAUAGUUGCUUGGAGAAAUCAAAGCCACCGCAAAUACGCAUUAGCGCUGGCUCCUCCGAGAGUGCCACCAUGGAUACGUUCCUCAUGCCCACGGUGCAGAUAAUGGUCGAUAGUCCCAAGGAGCCGCCACGCGGCGACUUCAGCCUGGACAGUGGCUCAAUUCUCCCAAGCAUCGAUGUGGAUGCUCCCAUUGAUGUCAAUGUGCAGGGCGAUACAUCGCAAGUGUUCUACGACUAUAAUCCCGAGUCCAAUCUUGAUAAUACAACUGACAAUGUUACAACUGCAACGGAUGCAACGCCAACUGAAGAUCAGCAGAGAUGACCUUCAGUCACUGUGGGAACGGAGUUGGAUCAGCAGCCUAAACAGGAGCAGGAGCAGCACAACAAGAGCAGGGAAUCCAAGAGCAAUACGAGCAGCAGCAGCAGUUGCAGCAGCAACG